GAGAGAGUGUUGUGUUAAUACUGGACAGUCCCAACGAUAUUUAGAGCCCCCAUGACUCCCUACUCCAUUUCAGAAAUACUUGGGAACAAGUCUUGAAGAAGCUUAGAAGACGAAGAAGAAGAAGAAAGGGAAUUAAUGGGAAGUUGUGGGAGAAAUGGAGCAGUGAGACAGUACGUUAGAUCCAAAGUUCCUCGCUUGAGAUGGACUCCUGAUCUUCAUCACUGCUUUGUUCAAGCCAUUGAAAAGCUUGGUGGCCAAGAUAAAGCUACACCAAAGCUUGUCCUUCAGCUCAUGGAUGUCAGAGGCCUCACCAUUUCUCAUGUCAAGAGCCACCUUCAGAUGUAUAGAAGCAUGAGGAAUGACAUGAACAGACUAGAGUUGCAAACCAGUCAAAAUAAAGACAAUGAUACUGCUGGUGAUGAGCAACAUGAUGGAAAUAGUAACCCUAAUAAUACCAUCACUACUACUACUACAAAUAGUAGUAAUAGUGUUUCUCCAUCUCCUCCAUGUUCAAAGGCAGCAACAGCAGCUGCAGCAGCAGAAGCAAUGGAGUUGGAGUUCCACCACUAUCAGUUCAUGUACCCUUCUUCUCCCCCACCACUGAAAAGCCAAGGAAUAUGUGAGACAGUCCUCUCUCAGUACUGCUUUGAUGAUUACAUGCAAGCUAUAGCCAUGGAAAGUGGAAUAAAGCACUGCCUUAGAAUGCAGAAAGAUGCUGUCCAAACAGGCUUCUUGCCUGCAGAUUACCAUCUUUCCAACUUGCUCAAUCCCAUGCAGUACAUGAGAGAAGAAGAAUCUAACAACACUUUCAAGAUGAUAAGGAGAUCAGGAUAUGAAGAUUAUAAUCAAUGGUCAGAAAGAAAGAAGAGAGUAAGAGUUGAAGAAGUGGAGGAAGAAUGCUCAUUGUCUUUGACUUUGUCAUGGCCUCCUAAUUCUUCUUCUCAUGUUUUAUUGUCUUCAUGGUCUGGUUGUUCUGAUGGAUGCAGUGGUUAUGGUGGUGCUAGUGUUAAUUUGGAACUAUCUAUGUCUGUUUGUGGUUCUUAGACAUAUAUGUAUAUAAUA